CAUAAAACCUCACGGAAGAAAAAGUAAACGGAAGUAAGCUUUGAACAAGAACAAUCUUCACGUUAGCGUUUUUGUGAGAUUCAUUAACACAAUGAAACUAAUUUAACUGCACAGUAUCACAUACUUGUCCCAGGUAGUCUUUCAUUUGCGUUGGAGACAGGACUUGGCUUAUAGAUGUUAUCUAGGUAACGCAACCUAGCUUGUAACGUUAGCUGUUAACAAUGGCUAACUGUAUGGUUUUUCACACUCAAAUAGCCUCCAUCAUGGAGGUACUAGCGAAUGCAGCCGUGGCAGAGAUCUGUAAACUCGUAGACGACGACUAUGCAGUGUUUCGUUUAGAAAUUUCUCAAAGCCAGAAAGAAAACAGGGGAUUGCGGAGGAAACUACAGUUAAUAGAACUGAAGGUGGCACGGGAGCGCGCAGAGAGGACAACGCGAGAUCGCGUCCUCGCCAGUCGUCCCAGUAGUGUCAAGAUCCUCGACCGAUACAGAGGAAUGGCAAAAGGUGAAGGACAUCUCACUGGAGGUCACAGGAACUUUGUGAAGCCAGCAGGACACAAUACAUGGAGAGAUGACCAACCAAUCAUUGUUGAUGAGGGGAGUGGAACCUCAACCCAGCAUGUUAUUGUGAUAGAGUCUGCAGAUGCAGAGGCUGCAGGUCCUGGAGUCAAGCAGGAGAGAUCUGAAGGAGAAGAGGACCCACGGCACAGCAGAGACAUUCAGACUGGAGCGGCUGAAUCGCCCCCUGUAGCUACAGAGAACCCCACCACCGCCCCAGCGCAGCCCAGGAACCAACGCAGCAUCACGGCGAUCAGUGGAACGCCGGAGGUUAGUGGAACGCCGAACGUCGUCCUCAAGUCAGAAACAGACAUCGAGACUUUAACGGGACUGGGUCGACUGGGCUGUCCUCCUGCUCCCCGCUCAGAGCAUUUACUUUAUGGUAACUCGAGCCCGAGGCCGGUUCUGUCCCAUCAGGACCCAAGUGGCUCGUUAUAUACUGUCAAUGAUCCAUCCUGUUCAUACGCUACAGGGACAGAGAUGAUACCUAGUGACAUGCCUGUGGGCUUAGAGUUACACACUGAUCUGUCUAGAGGGGACUGGAACCGGUACAGUAGUAGUGUAUACUCUGAAGGGUCCCUAGAUAAGAAAGGGGAGGGUCUGGUUGUAGAUGAGGUGACUGUGAAAGUGGAGGGCGACGUUCCUCUGACAUGGAAUGCAGACGAGACUCAGUUAGGAGAAGGACACUCGCAGGGCAACACUAGUGACUUCUUAGACUACAGGGAAAGCUUAGAGACCAAUCUAAAUUUCGCAACCCACUCCCCUUUACAUGUGUUCAGGGAUCGUGAUCCAGUGUCUACGUCAAUGGCACCCUCCGAUUCACAUGGCCGUGUCCUUUUCGAUCAGGUAUUGAACUCAAACGACAGGGCUAGAGCCCAGACUCAGGGAGGGGGAGCCACAUCAGGCAAUAGUAAAGAGAAACGGUUUCUCUGCAUGUUCUGUAACAAAGGCUUCAGCUGCCUCCAGAAAGUGGAGGUUCACCAGAGGAUCCACACAGGGGUAAAACCCUUCAGCUGUACCCAGUGUCACAUGCGCUUCGCCCAAGCUGGCACACUGAAGAGGCACCAGAGGGUCCACACAGGGGAGAAACCCUUCAGCUGUACCCAGUGUCACAUGCGCUUCGCCCAGGCUGGUGACCUGAAGAGGCAUCAGAGGGUCCACACGGGAGAGAGGCCCUUCGCCUGUACGCACUGCAGGAAGAGGUUCUCAGAGAGGAGCUACCUCAGGAUGCACCAGCAGAAAAAACAUUCCACUCUAUAACAUAGGAAGUAAAAAUUCCACUCGAUAGCUUCUGAUGUUUAGAUCAAACCCUGCAUUAAAGACAAAGAUGAAUUGUCAUUGUUGUCAGCAGAAAAGAUCCACAGAUGACUUUGGAAUAAUGAGAGUAACAGAUUUCAGUGUUGAAUAUUCCUGGGUAGAAUAUUUCAUUCAUACAUUGUGUGAUAUAUAAGCCUAAAAAGUUGGUUACAUAUUGUGUUUGUACUAUGUGGGCAAUAUGAUGUUCAUAAAUGCCUAUUUCAUUGCUUCCGUUCAAUAAUUCAAUAACCCCCCCCAAGACACUUGAAUGAAUGCAGUUUAUCAAGUUCAUGCUGAUUUUUUUGUUGGUGUUUGUGUGGUUUUCAUAUGGUAUAUUUAACACUUGUUUAUGUUUAUUAAACACAAAAUGUGACUUUUCAUUCUAAGACAUUCAUUGAGACUAUCUUUAGUUAGCUUAGUCUUUAUAUACACUUACUAAAUAUAGCUACACAUACCCACACUAACAAACACCUACUGUACACAUCAAAAUAGUUUAGUCAGGUUUGUCUGACUUUUGACUUAUCAUAGCGGACUUGUUUUCUUUACCUACAACAUCAUAUUUAUGUGCACCAUAAUGGGUUUAACAACAAUGAAAUCAUUAUCCAUGUUGAAAGUGUGUUUUAUCGUGUGCGUAUAUGUACCUGAGGGAGUAUAUGUCUGUGUAAUCUGCAUCACC